AUGAUCAAAUAAUUAAAUUAAGAGUCUAUUUUACAUAUAUCAACAUCUUCAACUCUUUAGAGUUUAGCAAGUUUUGUGAAGGAAUUAAUCGAGAAUUCUAUAGAUGCACAGGCAACAUAAAUUAUUGUGAAUUUUUUUAAUAAUGGCAAAGAAGGUUUUGAAGUAAUAGAUAAUGGAAUUGGAAUCUCAACAAUCAAUUAAAAAUAGCUAGCCACUAGAGGAGGUACUAGCAAGAUAGAAAAUUUUGAGGAUUUGGAAUUUGUCGUCACUCAUGGAUUUAGAGGGGAAGCCUUAAAUUCAAUAGCAACAUUAUCUAACGUAACAAUUAUUUCCAAGCAUAAAGAUGAAGAAUUAGGGUGGAAAUGGGAAAUACCCCAAGAGCCAACUAAGAUUGCCAGAUAAACAGGAACAUCAAUUAGAGUAGAAAAUAUAUUUUAUACGCUUCCUGUUAGAGCAUAAGAGUUUAAAAAGAAUUACAAAAUCGAAUAUAAUAAAGCUAUCAAUAUAUUGACUGAGUACGCUAUCAUUAAUACAAAUAUUGAAUUUAAAAUAUAUAAUGAGGAAGAAAAAAAUAAGAAAAAGCUCAUCUUAGAUAGUGGAUUGGCAAAUCAAAAUAUGAAAUAAAGGAUUACAAAUGUUUUAGGGGAUUCUAUUGCCAACGACUUAAUCCCUUUUGAGAAGAUCUCAUAAGACUUUACCUUAAUUGGCUUUUUAAGUAAAAGUAUUGAAAGUGGGAGUUAUAAAGGUUAAAAUAGAAAAACAUUUUGGUAUUGUUACAUAAAUAAAAAACCUAUAAAUCCUCCUAAACAAGUAUUAUAAAUAAUGAGAGAUAUCUAUAGAUAACAUAAUCCAAAUGGAAACUUUUUUUUUAUCCUAGAAAUAAAUUUACGGCAGAUUAAUGAUGCAGAUUUCAAUGUUAGUGUAGAUAAAAGAGAUGUAUAUUUGAAAAAUGAAAAAUUAAUUCUUGAAAACAUCGAAUAAAUCGUGACAGAAACUUUAGAAAAAAAUAAAGAAAAACUAAAGUAUAUUGGAAGAGAUGGAAAUUUAGAUUAAUUUAUCAUGGCAACUGCAAAGUAAUCAGAAAAGCCAGCUCCUUCACAAAUUAUUGCAUAAACAGAAAAAAGAAAAGAUCCUCCACCCUAAUAAACUAAAGAAAUUUAAAAAAGAAAUAGUACUUUCUUGUCCUAGCUUAAGAAUUUAAAUCCUUAAAAAAAUAUACCAAAUGAAUUUAAUUAAAAUGAAUCAUAAUUCACAUAAUCACAAUAAGACUUAUAAUAAUAAUAAUAAUAAUAAUAAUAAUAAUAAUAAUAAUAAUAAUAAUAAUAAUAAUAGCCAACUUCCUAACCGAAUAAUGAGAAAAUAUAAUUAAAAAUUAAUGAAGUGAUUUAAUAAAAAGAAGAAAAAUAAUUAUUUGAAGCUGAUGAAUUUGAAUAACUAUCAAAAUAAAAUCAUUUCCUCAAAGAACACUUCAAUAAUUUAUAAAUUAUUGGUUAAUUUAAUAAAGGAUUUAUUAUUUGUGAGCAUGAAGAGAAAAUAUAUGUUCUUGAUUAGCAUGCUUGUGAUGAGAAGUACAAUUAUGAGAGAUUAAUCAAUUAAUUAAAAUUCAACAGAGCCUAGUUAAUUGUACCAAUAACUCUCAAAUUAUCAGGAUUUCUGUUAGAAUUACUGAUAGAUAAUUAACAAUAAAUUAAUGAUAAAUACAAAUAUCAAGUGGAGAUAACAGAAAAUUGUGUUAAAGUGAAAACAUGCCCCAGUUAUAGUAAUAUUCAACUAGGGGCUGAUACUUUACUCUAAAUUCUAGAUCAGUUGAGUUAAGGCAAAAAACUAGAUCAAAUAGAGAUCCCUUAAAUAAAAUAGAAAUUAGCUUCACAAGCCUGCAGAACUUCAAUAAUGGUUGGAUCAGAUUUAUAAGCAAAACAAAUGGAAAACGUAGUAAAAAAUUUAACAACUUUAAUUUCUCCAUGGAAUUGUCCUCAUGGAAGGCCAACACUGAUUUAAGUUCAACAACCAAAAUAAGCUAAAUUUAGCAAAGGAUUUAGCAAUAAUUUGUUGUAUUGA